UCAAUUUUAAAAAAUAAAAAAAAGAAACGCAUUAGAAGAUUUUUGUUAUUGUGAGAGAAAAUUAAAAUAUAUUUAUAAUAAUAAAAAUUUAAUUACUUAAAGCUAAUUAAAGGCAGUAAAUUAAAGUUGAAUAAAAAUUUUAUUAAUGUGCCAAAUUAUUAUGUAUACCUAAUAAAAAUACUGCAAAACAAAAGCUAAAAAAUUAUGUUUUAUGAAAUAAAUUAAACACAUUUUAAUAAAAGGAAACAAAAACAAAACGGGAGUGUUCAUUUGAUUAUAUGAGAGUGCCAAAUUUUGUUUUGUAACUUUAGUGAGUUUAAAAAAAAUAUUAUAAGGAUUUAAUAUACAAAUAUAAAUCGUUUAAAUCUAUACUUUUGCAAGGACCCCAGGAUUACCUGGCAAAAGUGAAAAGUGUUAAGUUUUAAACAAAUAAUUGAAUUUAAAUAAAUUAAUAAAAAAUAUUUCCUUUAGUCUAAAUCUAAACGAAAUUAGAAAAGUUUUAAAAGUUGAUUGACAUAUGAAGGACUUUUGCUUUGUCUGAUUUUUCAUUAAAAAUCAAACAAAAAUACUGUUUGUGAAAAAAUAAUACAAAAACAUUUGGCAUUGAACUUACAAAAAGUAAAAGAAGAAAGUGAAAUUUAUUUAUUAAAAUAGAAGAAAUGUUAAUAGUUUAAAUUUAAUUUGAAAUAAAUACGACAACAUGUUAUUUUUAAGUGUCUCAAGCAGCUUAAUGCUGAUUUAUUUACUGUUGGCAUUAUGUUGCAAUAUACACUCAGCUCCCACUCACCAUUUGACCAUAGGUGUCCAAGGUAAUACACCCACUUUAAUAGUUACCUCCUCGGAAAUUGGUAUAACUCCAGAAACUAUGGGUUCACUAAAGAAGUCAGUGAAGCAUGAACAUGCUGAGAAGAAAUCGUUGAAAACUAAAUUAAAUAAAAAUCAUUCAGUGUUUGAUAAAAAGGAAAAAUUGCAAUAUGCAUCAAAACCUUUAAACAAAUACGCCAAUUCAGAGGAGAAAUCGUUAGAGGUAAUGAAAUUAGCAAAAUCCCUGAGUAAACAAACUUUCUCAGAAGAAAAAUCAUUUGAAGUAAUGAAAUCAAUAGAAAGGCAAGAAAAUAAGGAGAAAAUUAUGAAAAAGCAUACUAAACAUAAUGCUGAAAUAUUAAAGGACCAAAAAACUACUACUCAAACUCUGUUUCUAGAGUCUACUACUUCAAACACAGAUAAUGUGGAUAUUUAUAAAACAGAUUUACAAUUAACUACUUUAACACCUACACAAACCAAUGAUAUUUCAUCAACAACUUCCUAUACAACUGUACAGCCAGAAGUACUGUCUACUACAGCUCAGACUAACGCAGAGAAGACAUUUUCCACACCUUUAAAAUUUGAGGAUGUGGAUGAUCUUAAAAAUUCCCCAGCUUUGUCGACUACUACCUUAAACCCUAAGGAUUUCGACGACAGUACAACAGCAACAUCAACAAUAACAACAACAAUGAAUUAUGAAGAUGCCACAAUUACAACCACAAAUUUAAAGGUUUUAACAAAAACGCAAACAGAAGCAAAUGUUGCUGCAGACGCACAGUCUGAGCAAACAACACAAAUUGUAGAAAAUACAACCGUCAUUAAAACAGAAUAUGAAAAUGACAGCAAUACCCCGGAUCCCGUUGCUACAGAAGAGAAUGAAAAUCUAUUGUCAACUACCAUAGAAACAAAAGCAUUUAACACUCCUACUACUACAGCGAUGACUGGUAGUGCUGCUGAUACCAGUUCUUCGUCGCCCACUUUUGUCACCUUAAUAACAGACAAUGCUGAAGCAACAACUACAACAGAAAUGUUGUCUAUACCAUUAACAAUGACAACGACAGAAAAUGUUGUUGAUGACGAUAAUAACAAUAAUGAUAAUAAGAAAGAACAGAAGCUCACAACAAUAGAAUACACGGAAACACCUACACAUAUAGCAACAACAGAAAUAGUCAAACAGGAGAGGGAGAAGGAUAAAGAAACUGAAAAUCCUGUUGAAGCUGAAAGUCAAAGCAAUAUCAAUAGUGGUAUUACAAUUAAGCCGAAACAAGAGUAUACGUUGGCAACAACUACCAAAGAACAAACUCAAAAUGAUGACUUUAAGUCAACUGAAAAUCCUGUACAAGCCAUAUCCGUGGCAACUAACCAGGCCAAUGUUAGUGAACAAAAUGAAAUUGUCACAGAAACAAUAACGGAAACGGAAGACAUAGUAACAACAACAAAUUCAACACCAUUAACAAUAACAGAACAACAACAAGCAUUCAACACAUUUGAAACACAGCGAAAGGACUUGAAAACAACAACAGAAGUAGUCAGCAGUGAACCUACCACCGAAGCAGUUUUAAAACUGAUUGACUUGGAGAAACAUGUUCUGAAGACAAUUGAUGAAUUGAAGCAGCCAUCUUCAUUGUUAUUGGCUGGACAACAUGAUAAUGGUCAUGAUGGUUUGAAAAACAUAAAGAAAAAGCAAUUGAUAGACAAACAUUAUGUUGAGGCUUUAUUGCACAAUAAACAUGAUGUCCAUGUAAAGGAUUCUGCAGAAAAUGAAAAAUAUUUGCCAUUAACUACAACUGCUCCAACAAUGAGUCCUUCAAUUGCAGCUACUUCUACCACAACUACUAAUAAACCUGUGUUAAUGCCCAUAAAACAUGGCUAUUUAGGACCAAUUUUAAUGGAAGAAAAAACUUUCCAUGUUAUACAUCAUGCCGACAAAGCAAUGGCUUCACGGCAAAAACAUUUAGCUGAAAUAGAGGCUCAGCUACGAAAGGGUAAUUUUGUGGAAUUAAAAGCAAACACUGAAGUUUCGGAGGCAGCUAAAGAUCCAAUUAGAGAUAAUAUUAAGGAAAAUGCUGAUACCAAAAACUUGUCCAUGGAAAUGCAAUCUGAUCAGCCUGCAAAAAACUCCGAAACAUAUUUUGAAAUAAAAGAAAAUGUUAAUGAUUUAAAGGAGGCCACAGAAAAUGAAAAAUUAACUUCAAAGAAACCCCAAGAAAAUACAGCUGAUAUACUCGGAAUUAUAAGUAAACCAGAACCCACCUUAGAUAAACAAAAGGAAUCAAAAUCUUCAAAUUCAAAAAUUAUACCACCAACCGCUACCUAUAAUUUUUCUAAUACUUACUCACUUACAUCAGCAGAUGAAACUGCCCAAGAAACCAACAGUCCUGCAAAAUCAACUUCUGUUUUGUCCACAACUGUUUUUCAGGUAAUAGAAUCCGUGGCCACCAAAACACCCAUGGUUCAGGCUAACACCCUCUUUACAUCAGAGGAUAAAGAAAAACCACCAGUUGAAACACAGGAAAAAGAACAAACAGAAUCUAAAAUAUCGGAUAUACAAAUAGAAGUCUACGAUUCCACCAUAGAUUCAAUAGUAGCUUCAACAAACUUUAAAGAUGGCGAACAAGCACAAAAGCAAAUUGAUGAAAGCUCUUUGGGCAAGACUACAAAGCCACCCAUAGCGACCAUGCAACAGGAAAGAUUUACGCAAUAUGUUAUAGAUCGCACAGAAACUUCCACACAGGAGCCGAUUAACUACAGCACCAUACAAUUAGCUAAUGGUAAGCCAGAGCCAGCUGCAAUAGAAAUACACAUCAAUGUCUCCGAGUCUUUCGGAAAUGAAAGUGAGGAUUUGGAAUUCUCUUAUCCUCAAUCAGAAUAUAAUAACAACAAUAACAAUGAGCGGCUGGGAGAUGAGUCCUAUGACGAUAGUAAAGUCAAUGAUAAUAUCAAACUGAAAAUACCCUCAAAUAUCAAUAACAAUGGUAAGGAUUUGAGAAAUGAUGAGAUUCUCGUAGUGGAAAUUAUUGACACUGAUAAUAUCACAGAUUCCACAUUAAAACUUAAAUCGAAAAAUAAUGAUGAAUUAUUUAUAUCGGAUGUCAAGGAACAAUUUACUACUCCACCCCCACCACCACCUCCGCCACCUUAUCAAACGGGAUUUGAUCGGGAUUCAGAUACAAUUUUCUAUAUAUCCAAUACCGAGGUAAAAGUGGGAGAAUCUUUGCCCAGCAAUAAAAAUGCCAAUGAGGAACGUAAACUUAAAUUAGAGUCGCAAUUUUUUCCGGCCAACUAUAUGGCCAGUACGCAUCCCAAUUUUAAUAGUCGGGAAGAAAUAAAUCCUCCCCAUCAUUUAUACGAAGAAGAUAUAAUACUUUCCUCUAACCGUAAUCAAGCUGAUUCUUUGAAAAUCUAUCGUAAUCGAAAUGAACCAUCACCUCCACUGGAUGUUACAUAUGUAGGGGAGUCCAUAAUAGAAGUAGAACAAUCGCCGGAUUCUGUUAUAACAACAACAGACGCUCCGGAUCAGCAACGUAAUGCAGCAGCGGCUGCCACUCCAGAAGCAGAUGUUAUAAUACAACCAGCUAUAUUACCGGAAAUUUCUAUAGGGGUUCCUGUUAUCGGUGAAUUGCCACCACAGAUUGAACUAAAAGAAAUCGAUUUCAUGCCUAACGAAGCGCAAUUGCAUCGCUCAGGCAUAUACGAUGACAAUGACAACAGCAACAGCAAUAACAACAUAAUGUUUAACAACGACAUAGACGAGAACACAAUAAGUGGUGGUGGCAACAGCAACCAUGAUGUAGACGUCGUUAACAGCAACGGCAACAAUCAACGGGUAGACGAGUCAUCAAUACAAUAUGGUGGUGACCUUAUAGAUGAAAGCGCUGACGGUGGUUUUGAUGGUGUCGAAGGUUCAUAUCCCUUUGGCAAUCCAGCCACAAUUGGAAAAUCUUCUUCCUCCCACUACUCAUCCGCCUUCCUGACGAAAUUGCGAAAACAACAGCAGCAACAGCAACCAAAUCACGUUGCAGACUAUGCACACUUGUAUGUCAACUAUGGCGUAAAUAAUAUGCGCAAAGAUGAGUUAAGUGCAGAUAUUAAAGACUCGGGGGAGCUGUUGCUUAUUGGCGGUGGUGGCAAUGGCAACAUUGCCAGUAACGAACAAAAUAUUACAUCCUUUAAAGACUUUCUAAACAAAGUAAGCAUGAGUAAUUCCAGCAUGCCAUUUCUGAGUGCGAAUACAACUCAAAACGAACGUAUGAGUAAUGCCACAGCAUUUUCCGUUAUGGAGGAUACCAAUGAUUUAGAGGAUAAAAAUACCGAAGACAUUAUAAAUUUGAUAUCGCUGGCUAUUGGUCUGUUUAUUGUAAUAUUGCCCGUUGUCGUUACCUGCAGUAUGUUCUGGGCAUUAAGAUACUUGUACAAAAAAUAUCAUUCAAAUUUAACGGAUAACGGAGGAUAUGCGGAUCAAUCAGAAACAAAAAUUCCAUUGAAUGAAGAUGGUGUGGAAAAAGGCGAGUUUGUCCAUGAACCAUCCUCAUCUCCCACAAAUAGUAAUAAGGAUGCUAUAGAAAAAUAUCCAGAUACUUCCAAUAAACCGUCCACUACUGAAACUAAUGUUAAAUUUUCGACUGAAAAACCCACUUCUCAUUUAGAGACCACUAUUACCAAAACCAAUACUACUACCACUACAACUUCUACAACUAAUUCUAAAGCGAACGAUACUUUAAAAUUUUCUAUAGCUCUGUCAUCCCCAAUAACACAAGAACAAGCCCAACCACCUCCUCCAACAUCAACAUCAUCUCCUUCAAAAGUAACUUGUACUAGUGCAACAAUAACAGAACAAAUACUUACCGUCCAUGGUGAUGUUGAUAAUGAGAAUGGUGCUGGUGAUGAUGAUGAUGUUGUUGAAAUGCCAGGACCAAAUGGUUCAAUAACUAAAAUGACUAUGGAAAAUAAUCUUCUAAUAGUAGAGACAGAAGAGAGCAAUGAUAUUUCCCGAGUAGCUCGAGAAACGAAAAUGGAUUAUAAUAAAGAUGGUGUCUUUGUUGUGGAGGUAGCACGGGGAAUAGACUCGAAAACUAUACCUGAAAGUCCAGUAACAGAUGAUUCAGAAAAAAUGCUUUCAAUGUUUGAAACAAAACAUAACAAUGGUGGUUUGGGCUAUAAAGUAACGAAUGAAAAAAAUUGUGUCAAUAAUGAAAAGGUACAAAUACAUUCACCACCUCCAGAGAAUGCUGAAGAAGGACCAAGAAGUCUACAUCAAAUAGAAGAACUAGAGGAGCCUACCAAUUCGCCCCAGCUUAAUGAGAACAAUGACGAAGAAAUUGCAGGAUUAAAAUAUAAAGCCAAUACUGGAUUAUCGCAAUCUGAUUUGAGCACCACUUCUUCAAAUGAUUCCAAUAAGGGAUAUUGUUACGGUAAUCAGGAAUUAUAUGUCGUGGAACAAAGUGGUUAUGCCACGGUCACUCCUAAUGGUAAUGUAGUUUUAAAGUGUGAUAUAAAGGAUAUCAAGGAUGAUGAUCGUAAUCCAGGAAAUGAUCAUUAUCUCAAACAUUCACCCGAUAAAAAGGAGGAGAGCAAAGAUCAAGAGGAUAUUGUAGAAACCACCAAAAAAACGCAAGAAGGAGGAACGAGAACUAGUUCGGGAGAAUCACCGGCUCAGAGGCAAAAUGAUAAGCCUCAGGAAAAUGGAGAUAAUAUCAUGGAAACUGAGAAUACACAAGUAAUAGACAGUAACAAUUCUGAAGUCAAUAAAGAAAAGAGAGAUGAGGGCGAAGUGAAUAAUAAGCACAUAGAAAGUAUUGAUAACCAAUCCGAAGUCACAGAAGAUCAGGCCAGCCCAUCUGAAAAACAUACAAUUAUGCAAAAUAUUCCCAUACCAGUCGAGAUAGAAGUGCAUAUAACACCUGCUGACAUGGAGAGCUCUAAUACAGAUGAAUCUUUAAAACCUCUAAAGUCAACAGUAACAGCUGACUCUCCAGUUUUGGAAGCAACUGAAAGUGUUACGGAACCUUUGGUUUUAGAAACAAUUCCUAUAGAACUAGAAGACACUAUUGCUGUUGAAACCUUACUUCCCAUUGAAACAACAAUACCCUUUAAUGAAACAACUUCUGCUCUUCUUGUAGAAGAGGAUGAAACUGGCAAUAGUAUCUCCGAAGAUUUGGCAAUUUUAGCAGUUCCUGAUAAAUUUUCCGACAAAGAGACAUCUCAAGAAGAUGUGAGUUCAAUUAAGGCGAUAGAAAAUGACACAAUUACUUUGGAAAAUAAGGAUGAACCAUAUGAAAGUGAAGCAAUUGCAGAACUUCCAACUUUAGAUGAACCACUUGAAGAGAAUUUGGAAGUGAAGGAGGAGGUCACCAAACAAAAUUCAGUAAUUCCAAUUCCAGUAGAACCAAUUGCAGAAGUUCCAUUGGUAGAAGAACAACUUGCAGAUAAUACGGAAGAACAAUUGAUGGAAGUGAAGGAAGAUGUCACCAAACCAAAUACAGUGAAUGGAGAAGAAACAACUGAUAUUAGUACUCUACAUAUGAAUGGAGUAUCCGUUAGCCAGGAAACUGAAAGUGAGAAAACCCAAGAUUUAUGUAUUACACAAAAUGAUGUAGUAUCCAAUGACAAAAAUCCUCUGUCUAUUAAUAAAGAAAUGGAAGUAAAUGAAACAGAGUUUCCGUUAGAAGAUGACAAUACUUCAAAUAUAAUGGAGAAUGAAUUACAUAAGACGGAGUCACAAAAUGGCUUAACUCAAUCAGAUGUAGAGUCCUUAACAAAUGGCACCUCUGAUUUAGUCAAGUCACCACAAGUGCAGAAUGGCCAUGUGGAAAUAGAAUCUAUAAGUAUUUCUCUUAACGAUAUGGAAAAUGGUUAUGAUAGUAUAAUGAGUUUGCCUGAACCACCACCCACCACAGAUGAACAACUAAAUAGUGAUUUAAGUGAACAACAAUUGGAUUCCUUACCACCACCACCGCCUCCAGAAAUAUUCAAUUUAAAAGACUUGCCACCACCGCUCACCAAUGGCAAUGCAGAUUCUCCCCAAAGUGAAGAAUCUACCAAUUUUUACAAUGCAUUACCACCCCCACCACCCACUACACUGGAAGUAACUGCCUCAGCAGAAACCACAACAACAGCAACAACAAAUGGCAAAGUCCAUGCAUCACCAUUAACACCUCCUGCAUCACCACCAGCUCAUUUUACAAAUAAUCUGCAUGCUGGACUCUGCUCACAGCCCAUUGCUGUGGAUGUUAAUGGCAGUUAAUGCAUUAGACUAAUUCAAUAUUCCAAUUAAAAUAUAUUAAAAAGAAAAAACAAACAAUAACUGACUGAGGAGUUUUUAAUUCAAUACAAUUUUUAAAACAUUAAAUAAUGAAAAAAUCAAAAAAAAAAA